ACAUAUAAUUGAAUUUGUUUCACCCCGUGGACUCCAGUGGGCCCGACAGCGCUACAGAAAGGGCAGCAUGUCUUCGUAUUCCGAGCUGAAGUUCCUCAGUCACCUCCGACGAGCUGUUUUAGCUGUUUACUGACCUUGUUUUGUUCAUCGGCCUUGGGUUUAGUACCUCAGAAAUCUGAUACAUAUGGAAGACCAACAGCAAGUGAUUUGACAUAAUACCAAUCCAUGUUUGUAUCUAAAGCACAUUUGGAAAUUUUGAAGAGAAGAGGUGGCAUUUCUGUAUUUGCAGUGACGAUGGGAGAAAACGACAUACCUGCCCCAGAGGUGGGCUGAAAAAAACAUCUUCUCUUCCCAGUCAGGAAGACCACCUGUGCCUGGGAAGGACCAGGAUCUGACUGGGCUCUCUGAAACGGAGGGCUAGCACCUUGCACCUUCGUUUUCUGCACUGAGGACCUGCCUUUGGGAUGAGCUAGUGGAAGCGGUAUGCAUGGCCGAAGAGCAUUGAUGCAGCUGGUAGCAUGAGUGGUGGCCACCAGCUGCAGCUGGCUGUCCUCUGGCCCUGGCUGCUGAUGACGACCCUGCACGCAGGCUUUGGACACACAGGACUGGUGCUGGCAGCAGCAGUGGAGUCUGAAAGAUCAGAACAGAAAGCUAUUAUCAGAGUGAUCCCCUUGAAAAUGGACCCCACAGGAAAGCUGAACCUCACUUUGGAAGGUGUGUUUGCUGGUGUUGCGGAGGUGACUCCAGCAGAAGGGAAGCUAAUGCAGUCCCACCCCCUGUACCUGUGCAACGCCAGUGACGAUGACAACCUAGAACCUGGAUUCAUCAGCAUCGUCAAGCUGGAGAGUCCCCGACGAGCUCCUCGCCCCUGCCUGUCACUGGCCAGUAAGGCCAGAAUGGCUGGCGAGCGAGGAGCCAACGCAGUUCUCUUUGACAUCACAGAGGAUCGAUCAGCUGCUGAGCAGCUGCAGCAGCCCCUAGGGCUGACUAAACCCGUGGUGCUGAUCUGGGGUAAUGAUGCCGAGAAGCUGAUGGAGUUUGUGUACAAGAAUCGGAAGGCCUAUGUGUGGAUUGAGCUGAAGGAGCCCCCAGCUUGGGCAAAUUAUGAUGCGUGGAUCCUCCUGACUGUGGUGGGUACCAUCUUCGUGAUCAUCCUGGCUUCCGUGCUGCGCAUCAGGUGCCGCCCCCACCAUAGCAGACCGGAUCCUCUUCAGCAGCGGACAGCCCAGGCCAUCAGCCAGCUGGCCACCAGGAGGUACCACGCCAGCUGUAGACGGGCUCGAGCCGAGUGGCCAGACUCAGGGAGUAGCUGCAGCUCGGCCCCCGUGUGUGCCAUCUGUCUGGAAGAGUUCUCAGAGGGGCAGGAGCUCCGGGUCAUUUCCUGCCUCCACGAGUUUCAUCGAACCUGUGUGGACCCCUGGCUACACCAGCAUCGAACUUGCCCCCUCUGCAUGUUCAACAUCGUAGAGGGAGAUUCAUUUUCUCAGGCUCUGGGAGCCUCUCCAUCUUACCAGGAACCAGGCAGAAGACUCCACCUCAUUCGCCAGCAUCCUGGCCAUGCCCACUAUCAUCUCCCUUCUGCCUACCUGUUGGGCCCUUCUAGGAAUUCGGUUGCCCGGACUCCAAGACCUAGACCCUUUCUGCCCUCCCAGGAGCCAAGUAUGGGGUCUCGGCAUCAGCGCCUUCCCAGGGCUUCACAUCUCCGGGUACCAGAAGAACAGCAGCACUUGGCAGUACCUGUGCACCGGUCUGCACAGGGCUGGGGGCUGAAUCGCCUCCGAUGUACCUCUCAGCAUCCCACAGCUUGCCCAGCGGCCCUACGACGAGCCAGGCCUCAUGACAGCAGUGGGUCUGGAGAAAGCUACUGUACAGAACGAAGUGGUUACUUGGCAGAUGGGCCAGCCAGUGACUCCAGCUCAGGGCCCUGUCACGGCUCUUCCAGUGACUCAGUGGUCAACUGCACGGAUAUCAGCCUGCAGGGCAUCCAUGGCAGCAGUUCUACCUUCCGAAGUUCCCUGAGCAGUGACUUUGACCCCUUGGUAUACUGUAGCCCUGAAGGGGAUCCCCAAGGGAAAGGACCUAGUGUGACCUCUCGACCCCGCUCGCUGGACUCAGUGGUACCUACGGGGGAGACCCAGGUUUCCAGCCACAUACACUAUCACCGUCACCGCCACCACCACUACAAAAAGCAAUUGCAGUGGCGUGGCAGGAAGCCUGGCCCAGAAACUGGGGUCCCACUGUCCAGGUCUGCUGCUUCUCACACUCAGCUGGAUCCAUCUCAGCUCACGGCACCCAACCCCACAGCUUCUUCAACGCUCCCCAACCCACAACGGCCCAGGGCCCUUACAGAGCCAGCCCCUGGCCUAGCAGAAGCUGCCGGCCCUAGCCCCUGUCCCAGCCCCAACCCCUGCAGCCUUUUUAACUUGCAGAAAUCCAGCCUCACUGUCAGACACUCACAGAGAAAACGGCGGGGUGGCCCCUCAGAACCCCUGCCAACCUCUCUGCCCCAGGACUUGACUGUGCACACAGCUUGCCCUACAGUUUCCCCCCACUACAGCCCCAGUCUAGCAUACCCUUGGCCCCCAGAGGUUCCUCCAUUGAUGUUCAGACCUCCAGGCCUGGAUAGGAGGCUGCUACAUGAAGUCCCAGGCCCCUGUUACUCAAGUUCACAGCCAGUGUGGUUGUAUCUGAAUCCCUGCCAGCCUCUGGGACCAUGCUUACCUGGAGAGGGACAUUCCAAGUGGACUUUUGACAACCCAGAGGACAGGAGAUGUCCUUACUCACACUAUCAGGUGCUGCCAGCCCAGCCUGGCUCAGAGGAGGAGCUUGAGGAGCUGUGUGAACAAGCUGUGUGAUGUGAGAUGGUCAGAUGAAGCUCCGACGGCGAGUUCCAAGAUAACUCGAGUUCCAGAGUGUUCCAGAUGACUCAGGGUUCUCCCUGGCACAGGGUCCUGCUCCUGGGAGGAGCCAGGACCUUAGCAAGCAUCUCUUUAUGCUGUACUUCCUGGGACCACUGGAAGAAGAGUGGUGACAGUGGCUGGUGGGAGGUGCUAUUUCCUGCCCCCAGCUCCCAAUCUUGUCUGCAGAACACACCUACAGUGCAGAAAGUCCUGCGUCCAGCUAGACAACCAGCCAGUAUCCAGUACACAUCUGUGGGGUAGACUCUGAAAGGCUGAGUUUUUGACAGGAAGCUAUGAGUGAAUAUCUAGAUGUCUUAAAGGUGCUGCUCUUUUCUCAAGCCCCGCCGGGUUCCCCGGCUGGGUCUCCUUUGCUCCAGGCUUCAAGCUCACACAAGCUGAGUGCAUGACCACAUCUCACCUCCUUUCACUGGGGCACCUUCAGCUCUAUCAUUUCCUAUCUGCACAAAAGAACAAGGAGUUUAGGUGAGCCCCAGUCCCAAGAGAGGUCUCUGUACCUUAUCCAGCCUGCAUCUGCCUGCUUGGUGCUCAGGGAGUAGUUCUUCCUUCCUGUUCUUAAACCAGUCUUACCCUGCAGGCUUUGGGGAGCCAAGGAAUAGAGUUCUGUCCCAGAGGUGAGGACUGUGGCAGACCUGGGAUCAAUCUUUUGAUUAUCAAACUCCUUGUCACUCCGGCAACUCCCAGUUCCUCUGAGGUAGAGAACAGGAAUGGAGGGAAGUUAGUGCUCCUUGAAGCUCUUCUGCCUCUAAGUCCAAGGCAGGCAGAAAGGGAUGUCUACUAAACUUCAUCUGGGAAGAAGGGGGAUGAGAUGAAGGCAGAGGAAGCACAGCUAGAGCCGAGCAAGGGCAGGAGUCUUCUCUGAGAGGUUCUUGGAGCACAGAUAGAGAAGAUGAAAUGUGACCUAUAAGCCAUACACGCCCCAACUGAAGCUGUGCAAAUGGAAUUGGAGCAAUACAUUGGCCUGGGCAGCUUGUACCAAGUGGGCAAGGGCUGAUGGGCCUCCUGUGGCUCUUGGUCCCAGCAUCCUGACCAUUGUCAGCCCCUCAGGCAGUAUCCUUGCCCGGAAUGUGAAUGUGGGGGCAAAAUGGACAUGGGAUCCUACUUGGGAACCUUCUUUCCUCAGAGUCAAUGGAGAGACUGGGAUCCAGGCACCCACAUGGGUAUUUAUAUCUGAACCAGACAGAAAGAUGCUUGAAUCAGGCACUAUGUUGAAAA